AGAUGGCAGUUCAGGUGUCGUCCCCGAUAGCGGGUUGGUACGUGGCCCGUACCAGUAAAGGGACCGUGCGCAUGCGCAGUUGUGGCAAAGCGGAGGAAGAUGGUUAAGAAGCGAGAGGGGCUGAGCGUCGCUCAAGAGGUGACAGCCCCUCCCCUCCCCUCCCCUCCCCGGGACAGCUUGGAGCGGGGUCACUGCGGGAUAGGCCAGGAGAUUGAUGGCCUGGAGGAGAAGCUGUCCCUCUGCAGACAAAGCAUGGAGGUGGUGGACCUUAAGCUGCGCAGAGAGGAGCUCAGUCCCGAAGGAAGAAAGUCACUGGAGAGAGAGAGAAGCCUGCUCCUGACCAAAGCUGAAACCUAUGAGAAAGAACUGAAAGUGCUCCGUAAGGAAAAUCGCAAGAAUGCAGCCAUUGCAAUGGCCAUAGUACUGUUGAUUAUUGUUGUUUACACCUGCUGGACAAUGUAAUCACGGUUCUCACGACUGACCACAGGGCCCCACUGCAAAGACCUCUUCCUUCAACUGAUGUGCCUCCCACCCAAGGGCCUGGUCAGCUUUUCAAACCGUUAGUCACCUGCAGUCUUCACAGCCUGGACAGCCUUAUCUCUGGCAGCUGAGGAUCUUGAAGGCAAAGGGAAGCUACAGACACAGAACAAGUGGGUUUGGAGAGCAGACAAGUUCAGCUGGAGCCGUCUCCUCCACACACUGUCCUGGGGGGCCCAUGGAACAGAGAAUGCAAAUUAAUUUCAGGGGGAUGAAUGACCCAAGUUCCCCUUUUCCUAGUGGGCUCUCUCUGUUCCUUGCUGCUCACUACAAGGUUUUGGAGCCUGAAAUCAUCACUGCUCAGCCCAGUCAGAACCUGGGAAAGCUUCCCUCUUACUGUACUUCAACCCUGAGCUGAAGGGACCAAUCUCUAGAGCUCAAAGGGGCAUUCAGUCAUUGUGCCUCUCUCCUGUGAUUGCCAAAAAUCCCCAUGUGUAGUAAAGUGCCAGUUACAGGGACACUUUUCAAAAUAUCUUCCCGCUAACCUGUCGGGAGCCAGAGGAGUCACUACCUGAAAAUGGGGUCUUGGGGGUGGUGUUUUCCUGCUGCUCAGCCAAAUGAACUAAGAGGGCAGGAAGAGAAUAGCAGUUCCUACCCCUGGGUGUUGGUGUGUAUCUAUGUACAGCCCCCUUGAGGCAGGGCCCAGCAAAGGGAACUGCCGUUUCAGAGGGAUAGUUCUGGGACAUCAAGGAUCAAAACUCAUUGACUUAAUGGCAGGGGCACUCUGAACUCAGGGCUGAAGCUGUAUUGUUUUUUAAAUAAAGUCCUUUGAACAUACGAAA